GAAGGAAAAUCCCUCGGGCCUCUAUGUUUCUCCAGCCAGACUCACAGGGACCGUCGAAUAAAUGAAAGAAAGAGGAGGUAAUUUCGUACAAAUACAGUGACUUUCUUAAGCCGACAGCUGAUGGAGGCUGGAGCAGUUUGGGUGCCAGACUGUUUCCAGGAAAAUCACCUUGUUGAAUGACACCUGUGACACAAUGGCCAAACUUGCAAGUAAAUGAGCCGUUUGUCUGUGGGGCUGCAGUGGCUUCAUGCUCAGUUUGUCUAGUCUUCUACUGCAACACCAAAGUCUGAAUUUAGGUCAGAGUUUAAAGGAGAGCAAGUCUCCGGGUUAAGCCACCUCCCUUCCCUCUACUAAUCUACUAGUAUGUAGAUAGAUAAAACAGAAGGACAAAAUAAAGAAGCAGAAAUCAAAGAGGCCGAGAAAUCCGGUAAAUAGAGAAUCUUUGGUGGGCAAGGAGAAGGGGAAAAAAUAGGAAGGCACAGCCACUCCAGCCUCGUCGAAUUAGCGGGCAACCCAAUUAUUGCUUCCCACGCUUCCCGACAUCAAUGAUGUUGUCGGUCUUCUUCGAUCAAAACUUCAUUUCUUGACAUACACCGGCAAACUGUUCGGAGACGGGCUGAAAUUUGACUACUCAUCGUCUAUGUAUGGCAUGGGGAAUACGUUAAGUCUGCGCCUAUUUCCCUCUGAAGUAGUUUGCAUGCACUCUGUCAUGCAGAAUGAUAAAACAGGGCAACCUGGGAAAUGAUAAAAAAAAUAAUAAAGUACAUUUACUGGAACGAGGAACAGAGGGCCUAUCUGUUACUUUAUAUUACACAGUUUUAUUCCAGUAUAAUAACCCACCACCGCUCACAAGCCGCCAGCCAAGGUGGCGCAAUUAAAUACUAGCCCUUUCACAUAUUUAUGUUCUCGGUUAUUGUCUUUCACUCAUACAAUUAAUUUAAAAAAAAAAAAAAAAAACUUCCCACUACUUCUAAAUACCCUCACUUUCCCUUCUUUUUCUCUCAACUCUUUUGCAUCUUCACUUGCUUCCUCUCGCAACUUUCUACCACCAUAGCAACAAAAUGCGUUCAGAUGUUAGUGACCGGAAACUGGGAAGAACCCAGAACUGGAUGAGCACACAGCCACCACUGAAGAUGGCUGAAUCACUGCCCUGCCCAAGGUGCGACUCAACAAGCACCAAGUUUUGCUACUACAACAACUACAACCUCUCUCAGCCACGUCACUUCUGCAAGGCCUGCCGUCGCUUCUGGACUCAUGGUGGCACCCUCCGAAACGUCCCCGUUGGCGGUGGAACCAGGAAGAACUCUAAGCGCACUCGCCCUUGUUCUUCUUCCGCUACUUCAGCAGCCAACUCUUCUUCAUCCACUGUGACCCAUGAGCCCCUGCCCGUCUCUACUAACCCUGUUUCUGGUUUGCCCUCUGUUAACCCUGAAAUUGCUUCAGUUUCAACAGCCGACGUUAACCAGCUGAACCUCAACGAGAAUGUGCCUGAGAGUGGCAACUUUAUUGCGAUGUUGAGUAGCAUGCCAGGCCGGAACAUAACAACCCCUGACGGCUUUAACGGGUAUAGCCUCGGAUCAAGUUUUGAAGAAUUGGGACUUGGCUUUUGUGGUACACGCGCUUGGGAGAUUCCUGGAGCUGCUUCUGCUUAUGCUGGUGUUAAUGAAACUGGUUGCACUGUUGGCGGUGUUGCAACGGGUGGCGCUGCUUCCGGGUGCACCAAGUGGCAAAUAAUGAGUGAUGAAGGUGGUAACGGUGCUUUGGCUGGAGAAGACUACUUUGUUUGGUCCGGUCGUGCCAUAUCCACACCAGGGCAGAGCCUAAAAUAAAGCUCCUUAGAACUUCAAUGUUUCAAUUAAAUGAAGGGUUUGUCUUUGUAAUCUUCUUUGCGUUUUGGGGUGGGCUUUGAGUUUGGUCUUUCAUGGUUGCGGGUAUAAUAGACCAUACGUAGAUUAUAUAACAUAAUAGAAAUAAAACGUGACUCAGGGACUCAGUUCAGGUGGAUUGAAGUUUCUUUUUUGACAGGGAAGUAGUGUCCUUGCUUCUUUAUUAGUGUUUCGUUUUCAUGCAUGGCUCUGUAAAUCUUCACAUCGAAUCGGUGGAAGAAAAUUAGAGUAACAAGUUGUGAAUGGAUUUGUAGUUUGCAAAUUGAGUAAAAUUUUCUAAAAUCUUUGAUAAUGUAGAAGUAGAAUUUGCAGUUUCGUUU